AUGGACAGUUACUUCAAAGCUGCAGUAUGUGACUUGGACAAACUACUUGAUGAAUUUGAACAGAAUACAGAUGAAAAUGACUGCUACAGAACACCUCAAAAUCUGUAUGACUCAAAACGGCAUUCGCUCUCUUCAGUUCUGGAUUGCUUACAUCUGUACCCAACACCAAAACUGCAAGAGGGUGCUAAUGAUUGUAAUUCAUCAGAAGAAAUACCUCUAGCUAGCCACAUUGAAACAAGUGAAGUGCUUCUGAGUUACUCACCACAAAAUGAGCAGAGCAUUGCUGGACCUGAUCUUUUGUCUACUGUGGACAGUAGUUCUUUAAAUGAAAUUGAGGCUUCAAACCUGGGAAGGUGUAGUGUACCUGUGUGUGAUCUUGUUAAUGACACAGGUAGCUUAAUCCAUUCAGUGGCUGCUCAUGAAGAUACUCAAAAGUUACAGCCAGAUGACUUGCCAUGCAGUGAAGGUUCAAUUGGCUUUGGCAUAUCUUGCAUACCUGUUCCGACUUCUGGGUCAUCAGCAAGUUGCAGUGGUGCUUCAAGUACAGAGCAGAAUGAUGGGGACUCAGUGCUAGAAGAUUCAGGACACCUUAAAACAGAGGAGAUUAGUAAUUUAGGUUUUCAAUCAGACAGUUAUGCUACAGCAAAGGUCUCAGAUCCAUAUGAUGAUCAACACAGGACUGAAUCUGCAAAGUGCAGUGAAGUGUCUGAUCAGCCUGAACAAAUUGCUCACCCUGACACUGCAUGUGUCUCUGUAGCAUCACAGGAUUCAAAUGCGUACAGUCCCAAAGAUGAGAAAGCAUAUGAAAAAUGUCCUUGUGAACCACAAAAUGAGAGUGUGUGCUCUGCAGUAAGCAAAGAGACGUAUGGAAGAAAUGAAAUAGAAAAGGUAAAUUUAAAGGAUGGGACUAAGGUUGAAUCUAUGCCUUCAGAUCUGCCAGAGAGGCCUCAGUUGCACAAAAGCCACGCAACAUUAUCUGAAAAUUGUGUUUUACCAAUCUCAUGUCAAGCAGAAGCUGAAGUAGAAUUGGAAAAGAAAAUCACAGAAGAGGAUGUAGGUAACAAAGAAGUUAGUAGCAAUGAAAUACUAACUGGUGUUUCAAAUUCUUGUGUUUCAGCCAAUGACAUCCAGGCCUCUCUGUCAUGUCUUCCACUGCCUGUAUCUAUAUGUGGGUCAUUAGUUGUAAAGGAAGAAAAAGUUAAUCCCCUCCCUCAAAAUGAAAUGGCAGAGGUUAUUAGUGAUAUUUUAACUGUUCCUGCUGGAAGGUCUAAAACUGAUCUUUGCAGUAGAGAAUCCUGUGAAAACACUGACUUGCAUGAGCAGGAAGGAUAUAUAGCUAAAAUCAAUGAAAGUAUUGUGGGAAAAAGUACAGACGGAGAGAAGUUAGAUACUGAGGAUGUAAUUUAUAACAGUGAUUCUCAGCAAAUCAAAGCUUUUGCUUCUGCUUUUCUAGAAUAUGAAUCUGAGCCAUAUGGUAUUGGUGUAGACUCUUACUGUGAUGAAAGUAUGAGUGCAGUUAUGGCUAACUUUGCUGUUGAGGAAGAUGUUAUUAAAAGUGAUACUUUAAUAAGCGAUGCUGAGCUUGAUGAUUUCUUGUAUGGACAAGGCCUUCAGUCCCAUGUGUUAAAGGCUUCAGACAAUGGAAGUAACGUAAUGGAAGCUGAUGUAGGUGAAGGGAACUUAACAGAUGUGAAAAACCUGGAUUUCACAAAAGUCACUGAAGAAAAUACAAAAGCAGAAAUGGAGGAGAUGACUGAUGUGAAUAGUAAUCCUAAAGUAUCCCAUUCUGCCAGUGAAGCAGAAUCUGCAACAGAGGAGACUCUUCAGGACAUGACGGAGAGUGAUAGUGAAGCACUAGUUUCUAAUGUUUAUCUUGAAGGUGCAAGACCAAAGCAGAUGCUUGGCCUUUGCCAAGGUCAGAAACAACUGAAUAGAACUCAGGUACUUCAGAGAGAAAACCAGGAAGCCAGUCCUGUUACUCCAGAAACUUCCCUCUCAGGCAGCAGCAUAAAUGUUGGUAAAAGCUCCGAACAUAUGAACUCUGGGGAGAGCAGCUCUGAAGCUGGAGGGGGUCAAACAUCUGAAAAUGUAGAAUCACGUAAAAUGCCUGCAGCUCUCUCACGGAAACAGCCCUUGUGGAUUCCUGAUUCAGAGGCACCCAACUGCAUGAACUGCCAAGUCAAGUUCACAUUUACAAAAAGGCGACACCACUGUCGUGCAUGUGGAAAGGUUUUUUGUGGUGGCUGUUGCAAGCGAAAGUGCAAACUACAGUACAUGGAGAAGGAAGCAAGAGUCUGUACUGGCUGUUAUGAUGAUAUUAAUAAAGCACAGGCAUUUGAAAGGAUGAUGAGUCCCACUGGUCCUGUGCCCAGUUCCAGUGUCUCCUCUGAGUAUUCUUCUGCUGUUUCACCUUUGGAGGAAGCCCAGAUACCUGUUGGUGCUAGCACUCCUUCACCUUCUGGAGUGCUACCUAUCUCAGUACUUAAACAACCUGGUCUUGAAGGGCUGUGCCCCAAAGAGCAGAAGAGAGUUUGGUUUGCUGAUGGUAUUUUGCCAAACGGUGAAGUGGCAGAUACAACGAAACUUUCAUCUGGAGCAAAGACUCAGGACUGCAGUCCAGUAAACCCUGACUUGCCAGAGGUGCAUAUGGCUGGAAACGCAGGGGAGAAUGACAUAUUAACUGAUGUAAAUCCAAAACCUAAGGAAGAAAACGAUACAAGAAUGGAAGAAUUAUGUCCUUCUGUUUAUUCAGAUGAUGCUCAGCAGGCUAUUCCAAGCCAGAGUGAGGUUGGACACAGCUGUAAAUCUGUAAACAUAGAAGCUGGAGAGCAUUCUCCUCCUGCAGAAGCUGAGAAGACCAGUUCCAGUUCCACUGACCAGACUACAAGUGAUAUGCUUGUUAGUCCCAUCAGUUACAGAGCCCUGUGUGGUGUUGAAAACUGUGUUUGUAAAGAGAUGAGCCUUGUUCCUGAUGCUGAUAAACUGCCACCACUUUUGCUUGCAGUGGGCGAGAAAGGAAAAGAUCCUCUAGUGGAAGAACAUCCAUCUCAACAACAGGUUGCCUUGCUUCUUGUGGAAGGAGGUCCUAAUCCAUUAACUUUUAUUCUAAAUGCAAACUUGCUUGUGAAUGUCAAGCUGAUAACUUAUUCUUCAGAAAAGUGUUGGUACUUCUCAACGAAUGGACUACAUGGUUUGGGUCAGGCAGAAAUUGUCAUUCUGUUGAAGUGUUUGCCAGAUGAAGAGAUUUUUCCUAAUGAAAUAUUAACAUUCUUUAAUGACAUCUAUAAAGAUGCAACUAAAGGAAGGUUAAUAAGAAACAUGGAAAACAUUACUUUUACUGAAAACUUUCUCAGUAACAAAGAGCAUGGAGGAUUCCUGUUUGUUUCACCAACUUCUCAGAAACUUGAUGAUCUGAUUCUGCCAGAUAAACCUUUUCUUUGUGGCAUUCUCAUCCAUAAGCUGGAGAUACCCUGGGCAAAAGUUUUUCCAAUCCGUUUAAUGUUGAGAUUGGGAGCAGAAUACGGAGUAUAUCCAACACCUGUAGUAAGUAUAAGGCACCGGAAGCCACUCUUUGGAGAGGAAGGAAACACAGUUAUGAACCUACUUGUUGACCUUACAAAUUAUAAGUAUACUUUGCAUACCAUAGACAACCUGUUUGUUCAUGUGGAAAUGGGUAGAAGCUGUAUUAAAAUACCCCUAAGAAGAUACAAUGAGGUAAUGAAGGUGAUAAAUUCUUCUAAUGAACAUGUAAUUAGUAUUGGAGCAAGUUUUAACACUGAAGCAGAUUCUCACUUAGUGUAUGUGCAGAAUAAGCAUGGUCUCUAUCACACACAAGCUAUAAGUGCUACAGGAGAUCCUAGGAAAGUUACAGGUGUAAGUUUUGUGGUAUUUAAUGGAGCCUUAAAAGCAUCUUCAGGACUUUUAGCUAAAUCCAGUAUAGUUGAAGAUGGACUAAUGGUACAAAUAACACCAGAAACGAUGGAAAGCCUACGUCAGGCAUUAAGAGACAAGAAGGACUUCAAAAUAACUUGUGGCAAAGCGGAUACAGGAGACAUAAAAGAAUACGUAGAUAUUUGCUGGGUAGAAAAUGAAGAAAAAACAAACGAAGGAAUUUUAAGCCCAGUUGAUGGAAAAUCAAUGGAAGGAACUUGGUGUGAAAAAAUAGCACAAAGAGACUUAGAAAGAGAGGGAAAAGUUCUGAAUUGUACCGAAGUAUACUAUUUUCUGAAGGACCAUAGAGUAUCCAGUCCUGUUCCUCACCAGUUUGCUAAAGAGAUUGCUGCUGCUUGCAGUGCUGCUCUUCGCCCACACCUUAAAACCUUGAAAAAUAAUGGGAUGAACAAGAUAGGCCUGAGAGUUUCAAUUGACUCAGAUAUGUUCGAGUAUUCAGCUGGAUCUGGAGGUCACCCUCUUCCACAGAAGUAUCUGAAUGAAUUGGACAAUGAUCUGAUUCCUGUGAUUCAUGGUGGAAUGUCAGAUCCUACAAAUCUACCAUUGAAAAUGGAACUAAUAUUUUUCAUUAUAGAACAUCUGUUUUGA